AUGACUAAUGAAAGAACAAUAUUGCUAGUAGGUAGAACUGGUAACGGUAGAUCUACAAUAGCUAAUGUGAUUAGUAACACUAAUAAAUUUAAAGAGAGCGAAUAUGCAGUUAGUGAGUCGGAAGGAGGACAGAUAGAACAUUUUCGUGUAAAGGGGGAGAAUAUGAUUUAUCACAUAAUUGAUACUAUUGGUAUUAGUAAUAAUCGUUUUACGGAAGAGGAAACUUUACGUAGGUUAGCCAAUGCAAUUAAGGGAGUCCAAAAUGGUUUGAAUCAAAUAUUCUUUGUAAUUAGUGGUAAAUUCACUAAAGAAGACGUAGAAGCUUUUACUUUGUUUCGAACUAUUUUUUUUGGAGAAGAUAUUGGUAAAUAUACUACUAUUAUUCAAACCAAAUUCCCGGGUUUUCGUGAUCCGGAAAAACGCCGUAAAAAUAAAGAAGUUAUGAGAAAUCAAAAUGAGAAUGUAGCAACUAUAUUAAGCUCUUGCCGUCGCCUUGUUCAUGUAAAUAAUUUAACUGAACAAGAAGAUUCUCGGCAAAGAGCUCGUAAUGAUUGCCGAGCAUUUUUGCGCAAUUAUUUAUCUUCUAAUUGUCAAAAUGUUUAUAUGCCCAGCAAUUUGGGAGAAAUAGAUAAAAGAAUUGAAAAUUAUCUAGCUGAAAAAGAACAUGGCAGUGGCCAACAAGUUCAGAUUGACCAACUUAUAAAAGAAAACCAAUAUCUUCGUGAGCAGUUAAACAACGACAAUGCACAGCAAAAAUUUAGAAAUUUGCAAAAUUUUUUUGGGGGUCCGACUUAUGGUUUCCCAUAA